UACACGCGAAAAAUCAUUAAGUUUGUAUUUAAACGAGUAACGCGUUCAGCUACACGGAGCUUGCUUAAUAGGAGAUGAAAACAGACAAUUUUCAACAGCUGUGAAAUGCUGUUAGCGUCGUAGUAUUUGUCACGUUUUUUAUGCCGAAUUGAAAAUAUUACAUAGAGUGUUUUAUAAAACAAAACAACUAAAAACACUAAGCCAGCCAGUGAAGUUCAAGAAAGCUUUUCGAGUAUGGAUAGGGCAGAGAAAAAAGAGGAAAUCGUUGUUGGUUGUAUUCGACAUAUAGAAGAUGAUGAAUACGAAGAAUCAGUUGUGUCCUCGGAAGAACAGUUUGUUCCCGCCAUUGAGAACGAAAGCGACGAAGAUUAUGAUACGGAUUUAGAGGAAGAAACGAAACACGUUAAAAGGUAUGACCUUUCAGGGAAGCAGGUGUACCUUGAAGUUUGCAAAGAUCUAAAUAUCGUUCCGUGUUCGCCAUUUUUACGACAAGUUGAGAUAGAAGAUGUUAACAUCAGUCAUUAUAACGUCGGACCCGUUGGCUGCGAGGCGAUUGCGGUUGCAUUAAUGAAGAAUACAAACGUAUUAUCUCUUAAUCUUUCUGAUAAUGCGAUUGGAGGCGAAGGUGCCGUUUAUAUCGGGAAGUUAUUGACAGAGAACUGUUAUAUAUCUGCGUUGGAUGUAUCGCAGAAUGCUUUGGGAACACAAGGUGCUUAUGCCCUUUGCGAGAUGUUAAGAGAUAACACGGAUUUGGUUGAGCUUAACGCCGCUUCCAAUGAUUUCAAGGAAAAGGAUUUUGAGCCGUUUGUCGAAGCGCUAAGGGAAAACUUUACUUUGAAGAUCUUAAACCUAAGUGGAAAUUCAUUUGACUCUCUGGCGGGAAUGCUGAUGGGGCCCGCGAUCCGUGAUAAUGUUGGUCUUGAAGUACUCGAUUUAAGCUGGAACAACAUCCGUAGUCGAGGUGCCGAGAUGCUAGGAGAUGCACUAAGAGAGAACUGCUCCUUGAAGGUGCUCGAUCUUUCCUGGAAUGGUUUUGGCGAUGAAGGUGCGAAAUCAUUGUGCGAAGCUUUGAUGGUCAAUGAUACAUUGGAAGAGCUGGAUCUGACGAGCAACAGAUUAACAAUCCGUGGAGCGAAGGAGAUCGUGAGGAUGCUUUCUGCUAAUACUUCUCUUCAAGUUCUGAGGUUAGGGAAGAAUACAUUCCGAUGGAAUAUGGCGUUGGAUAUAGUGAAGGCAGCUGUGGCGAACGAAGAAGGACAAGCACGGGAGUUCUAUUUUGAUGAUAUGCCGGUAAUUGCGGAGUUUGAGGACGCUCUUCAGGAGAUCAUGGCUUCGUGCCCGGAUUUGAUGGUUCAGUGUGGGACGAAAUUGAGAGGAAAAGAUAGAGCGAAGAGAGGAAAGAAGAAAAGGGACUUGCUCAACCUGCUUCUUGAAUACAUUGAGAUGCGUGGUAUGCGCAUGAUCGAUAUGUUUAAAUUGAUGGACAGGGACAAUAACAAUCGCGUCACUCAUGACGAAAUCAUCGCCGGUCUGAAGCGAACCGGCCUUCCGAUGACUAACGACGAAAUCCGACGACUGAUUACGUUAAUGGACCGAAACGAUGACGGAGCGAUAAGUUACCGAGAGUUUUUAGCGUUACGAAAGAAAAAGGUUUUUAACGAUUUUCACGCUCGCAGCAAGAAGAUAAAAACGAACGAUGCUGUUUUAAAACGAAAAAUCAGUUACCUGAAGAAAUAGUGGAGGAAAUAUCUUUACCUGUUUACAAUCUUUCCGCUUAGAUCAGUCUAAUACCUCCCAGUAAUAUUUAGGAAAGAACAUUAGUUAC